AUGUUCAUCAAGGUUGAGAUUGGCUUUUUGACUAGAAGACCAACUUUAUCAUUGAUAGCUAAUGCCGGUGAAACAGUCAAUGAGGAAGAAUGUGUUGAUCGAACUUAUGACAAUCUUUCAUGGUUAGUUUGUACUCCACAUAUACAGGGUGUUAAAAAACAAUUACGCCCCCCUCUACAACUUAAAGUAUCAAUGAUAUCACAAAUGUAUUUUAUACCGAAUUAA